GAGCGAGACCAUCCAACGUUGUUUUUUCGUUGGAAGCAGGAGGUAAACAAGAAAUUUUCCUUUUGUCAUCCAAAAACCAAAAAGCAGCAGCGACAGAAAAACUCCAACGAAACGAAAAAAUAUAUUCACCAAAAAAAAUAAAACGCUGCCCUAGAAUUACAAUAUACACCCAAUCAUACAUUUUCAAUUAACUGUGGAAAAAUGUAUUAAUUUCAUUGAUUCGCUAAAGCGAGUUUAAUUGUAAUUCUAAACUCCAAAACUUUUUCCACACACAAAAAUCAAAAAAACUUAAAUUUCUUCCUUCGACUUCCACUUCGACGAAACACGAGACGGACGACAAAAGAAAAACCAAAUACAAAUUAAAAAGAAAAAAAUUAUAUAAAAUCGUAUCAAAUCAAUCUUACUUGGAAAAGUAUGGAUCAUCUGAAAAUAAAAUUCAUUGGAGUCCUGCGGGAGGAUAAUACGGUCAACAUGAACAACUUAGCUGGGAUUUUGCACUGCAAACGUCGCCUCGAAUGGACACGCGAGUGGUUGCGGAAGAACCAGAAUCAAUUCACUGCUAAAGAAAACAUUCUCAAGGAAAUCCAAUUCCGCAGCAACGAAAUCUAUCAUCUGAAUUGUUUCUUCGACAUCACGGAGAAGCAGUUUCGAUUUUUAGUCAAUAAACUGGGACCACUCAUUACAAAUUAUCAGCCACAUCGCAAGAAGAAAUUCUUCAGUGCCGAGGAACGUCUCGCCAUAACGCUUAAAUAUCUAGCUACAGGCGAGUUCCAUUCAUGUAGAAACUACUGUUUCCGAGCAUCAAAACCUGUGAUAUUGAAGAUGAUCGGCGACAUCUGUAUGAAUAUUUAUGAAAUACUAAAGGAUCAUUUCAUUUCCACCCCAAAGACUGAAGAAGAAUGGAAAACCAUUUCCUGUGCGUAUUACAAAAAAACUCGAGUUCCAAAUUGCAUUGGUAGUCUAACAAUGAAACACAUUACGUUUAACAAACAUCCCCUCAAACAAAGCGACGGCGAGGACACUUUGAUAUUAACGGGCAUCGUAGACAGCAAUGAUAAUUUUGUUUAUGCCAAUGUCGAACCCAGCCCCAAUAAUGGCGAAAAAGUUUUCGAAUCAUCCACAAUCAAAGACCUAAUAGAACAGGAUCAGCUAAAUUUGCCAAAACACCCCGACACUGGACCGAAUUACUUCUUUGUCGGUCACGGAGCCCUGCCUGUUAAACCAUACCUCUUGAAUACUCUCAAGUACGUCCCGUACAGUAGUAGUGAAAGUUCCACGUGGUUCAAUUAUGGCAGUCCCGAAUACAAAUACUGCUGUGCCAUGGAUCGAGUAGAAUACAACUCGGAGAGCGCUCUACGCAUGCUGACCAAUAUAUUCCCGAUACUUUCGUCGCCCUUUCGAAUUGACAGCGAGAACGCAAGAAAGAUCACUUUGGGCUGUGUUGCGUUGUACAAUUUCCUACGAAAGACCGAACGUUCGUUUUUCAAGAGUUCGGAAAAAAUCAAAUGCGAAGAAGAGUGCAUUGUCGACGAUGAGGAGGAACUCAAGGAACUGGAAGAGAAUAGUCCCAAUAUAUCCGAUUCGAUGUGCCUAAAAGUACUCCGCAAGCAAUCUGGUGAUGAUGAAACGGCCGAUGUCGGACGAAAAUGGCUAAUCGAAUAUUUUUCCGAUCGAAAGAAUCAGAUUUUUUAGAUAUGGAAUUAUAAACAAAUUAAAAUUAAAAAAACAAAUAUAUAUUUAUAAGUUCGUAUAUAUGUAUAUAAAUAUAAUAUAUAUGUACAUAUAUACAAACAUAUAUUUACUUUUAUGUAUACUCGCUAUCUUCCACCUUGAUAAUUGAGUUUGUUGGAAAUUACUAGUUGUUUUAUUAAUUCUUUUUUAAGUUCAUAUUUAUAUACAUUCAUAUAUUUUCAAAAACAAAAAAUAGCGUUUAAAUAGGAGGAAUUAAUAAAAAUGGAAUACUUACGAAUUUCCAGUAUUACAAAGAAACAAAACUAAAAAAACGAGUAUUUUGAACUGAAUGCUAUCUUUAUUUAUUGCUGUCUUCUUUUCUGUUGUUUUAUUUCUUUAUUUCUCUUAUUUUUGUAUUAAUGCUGUUUUUUGGGGUAAGGAUAUUUAGCGAACAAAAGAAAAUUAAGCUGACGACCAUUUUGUAGAUGAGUUUCCCAAUAAUAACUCAUCAAAAUUAUUCUCUUCUUGAAAAAAGAUAUUUAAUAAAAAGAAAUCUGAUUUACUUAAA